AUGCAGACUCCAAGACUUCUAUUCCGUGCUUCGACACUGGUCACCAAGCCAGCUACCCUAUCAUUCUCCCGCACCUUCGCCUCUUCUUCUUCGCUCAAGGAGCGUGUUUCCGACCUCAUCAAGCAUGACCACAAUGAACUGAGAACCUACAAGGACAACAUUCUCAAUGCCAAGGACGACGAUGAGAGGGUUCGCUGGCAGAACCAAUUCACUUGGGAGCUUGCUCGUCACAGUAUUGCUGAAGAGCUAGUCGUCUAUCCUGCUAUGGAGAAGAACUGCCCUGGGGGAGAAAGUGUUGCCGACAAGGAUCGUGCUGAACACCGAAAGGUCAAAGAACUCCUCAACGAAUUCCAGAAACUGAAGCCCGAUGUGGAAGACUUCGAGCCAACUCUUAGAGCUUUGUGGAAGGAGCUGGACAAGCACAUCAAGGAAGAAGAGGCCCACGACUUGCCCUUGCUUGAGAAGCACACACCCGCAGACGAGUCUGCUGGACUGGCCAAAUCGUUUGACAACACAAAGAUGUUCACGCCUACCAGAAGCCACCCUGCUGCUCCUGAUAAUGGCGGCUUGUUCGAGACCGCUGCUGCACUGAUGUCUGCUCCUCUGGACAGACUCGGUGAUAUGUUCCGCAAGUAUCCCAGAGACCCUCUUAUCGUCCUGGACGUCUGGAGGGAGGAGCCACUCUUGAUACAAGCGAGCGUCUCGGCAGAAAGGAUCACCGGGUGUAGAGACAAUGCUCCUGAUUUCUAA